AUGUAUGUGAAAUGGUUUGAUACAGUAAUGUUUUACCAUGUGAUUUUAGUGUAUUGAGUGAAUGUCACUUUUAAAAUUUUUGAAUUUCCCGCCGGUUCCGUCCCGACGCUCGCACGGAACGGAACCCGAAAGACGGAUGCUGGCAUCGGCCAGAGGAUAUGGCCGAGGAUGCUGCAGGGAGGACAUCGUGGGAGCGCAGGAAAAGGUAAGUGCUGGAGGGAUCCCUGAGCAACGCUGCAGUGUAUUCCCGAGUGUAGUGCGGGGUUAUCGCUUGUGGUACUGAAAGUUAACCCCGAGCUACACUUGGGAAUACCACCAGGGGGGUUAAUAGA